AGGGGACAAAGCUGUUGGCUGGGGAGGAAAAAAACAAAAACAAAAGGCGCUCUGCACAUGCUCAGAGGCACCCACGUUAUCUCUCUUUUUUUCAAGCAAUCCGGGUUUGAGGGAAAGCCAGCUUGUAGUACUUCCUCCCGGUCUCCUGGGGUCCCUCUUAGCGUGGCUUUGUAGGGCUGGUUUGGCUUUCCUUUCCUUCCUUCCUCUCUUUCGUUUCCUGCUCCCUCCCCCUCCUCUUCCCUAUUAGGCUAGCCCCUGUUGAUGCUUCGCAUGACAAGUGAGUGACGCUCCUGGGGUGUGCCCCCCCAAAAAGCUUAGGUGGCAGCCAUGGGGGACGCGGAGCACAAAUUCAUGGCCCUCCGGGACGAGCUGGUAGCUGCUUUGAUUGAGAAUCCCUUAGAGCAGAAUCCAGAUUCUGUCCAGCGUCUGGUGGAGAUGGCAUUGCCCCCUGCCCGAAAAUACAAGGAGAUUGAUGCCAAGGGCAUUAUACAACCCAAUACUCAGGGGCAGCCCCAAAAGGACCUUCGUACCAUCUCCACUGCUCUGAACAUCUUGGAGAAAUAUGGACGCAACCUGUUGAACCUCCACAAGCCUCGUUUCUGGCGGACUGUCAAAUUCAACAACCCCGUCUUCCGGGACACGGUGGACACCAUCCAGGGUGGCCGGGACGUUCUUCGCCUAUACGGCUAUUCUGAAGAACAGACGGACGGACUUUGCUUCCCGGAACAUCUGCUGGAACCGGAUACCUUCCGAGUGGCAUCCAUCACAGUGGACGUCAUGAUAUUACGGGCUGAACUGAAUCUCCUUAUUUCGGAUAAUCAUCCCAAUCCUCAAGUUUUGCAAGAGUUAAUGCAGGGAGGAGACAGCUUUCAAGCCAACCUCAUCGCAGAUGCCUACCCUGUUAAAGAAAGGAUACCUCCGCAUAUGGUUUCAGCAUUAUCGCCCACAGGGUACUUGCCCCCAGAGGCCUGCGUACUGUGUGGUUUGGAACCUCCAUCGCUGCACUGUCCCGCUUGCGCUCAGUCUCUGUGUCCAGACUGUGACCGCCUCUUCCACAAACACCCCUCGCGGGCACAUCACCAGCGGAUGCCCUUGAAGGGCCAAGCAUGGCGCAGCCCACCCCACCCCAGCCUUACUGUGGUGUCCCCCGAUGCUGGUUCCUUGAGGCCUCCGAAGGACUCCCUGGCGCCACCCUGGAAAAGCCUGCCCCCACAGCGGCCCCCCUGGUGCUGUGCUGCCUGCCAUACGAACAACGAUGCCCGCUCCAUCCUGUGUGUGGCCUGUGACCGCCCCCGAGGCUACAAGAUGCCCCUGAACCCCAGUGCUGAGGAAGAAGCUGGAAGCUUCGGGCAGCUGGCCCGGGGGCGCUGGGCAUGUCAGUCCUGCACCUUUGAGAAUGAGGCGGCCACCGUGCUGUGUGCAGUGUGUGAUCGGCCCCGCCUGGCAGGAAAGCCUGGGACUGGUGACGCAAAGCCCCUGAUGGCCUGGGAAGAGGAAGAGCUGCCGCGCACUGGGUUGACAUCUUCAUUGAGCUAUCUGCUGCGACCCUCAGACCAGGUCACCGGCUGGCAGUGUGAACACUGUACCUUUUGGAACAAGAUCCCUGGCCGGGUGUGCGAGGUAUGCAACCGGACCAGCCAGCGAGGGGGUCCCGAACCUUUGCAGCUGCGCGCCAAGCCGGAGAAAGAGGAUGAACAGCAGCAGAAGGGCCCAGCAGAGGUCAAGGCAGAGCCAAAGAGUCUGUGGAAAGCUCCGCCCAUCUCUCAGGAAGAGGCGGAGCAUCGGAGGCAGGAGCAGCUACGUGAAGACGGGCAGAAGAUGGUCACCAUGAUCAGGGAAGCUGAAGCAGUGGGGGUUGCCCCUGAGCUGGUGGCUGCCGCCUUGCGCUACUCCGGGGCGGAGCUGCCGCUGGCGUGGCUGAAUUUGGAGCUUCCCUGUGUCCUGGAAGGCGUGGCUGAGCUGGCCACGCAGCGAGGCGAGCAAGAGCCCGGGGGUGGUCUGGGCGCCGUGACCCGCCAGGAAGUCCAAGCUGCAUGGGUGGAGAGCCAGGGGGAUGUGGACGAAGCCGUCAGCCGAUGCCUCAGCGAACGGCGCAGGAAGGUGCGGGAGCUGAAGGCGCUGGGCUUUGAGGAGCAUGGCCCAGUGUUGCAGGCCCUGUACCAAAACAACGGCAAUUUGUGGCGAGCGUUGACCCAGCUGCAACGCCAGCGCUUGGAGCCCUUCCUCCAGCGGUUGUGGGAGAAUGAAGAGCCACCCAUAGACUUCCACAGCCCCGACCGGCAGGCUCUGCUGCGCCGCCUGCUCGCCUCCCUUUCCUUGCCCAGCUGGGGCCGUGCGGAACUGGUGGUUUCCUUGAUGUUAGAGCAGCCGAGCCAAGGGGGCUGGGAGCUGGCCGACAUCGUGGAAGCUGUGAAGGCCUCUCCUAGCCGCGACUUCAUCAAGCGCCUGCUGAGCUGGGAGUGCGCCGUCUGCAGCUUGGCCCUGCCUCGCAAUAAGAUGCAGUCACUGACAUCCUGUGAGUGUACAAUUUGCCCAGAAUGCUUUGCUCUGCAUUUCACCAUCGCUGUGAAAGAGAAGCACAUCACGGACCUUGUGUGCCCGGCUUGCUCCGAACCAGAGAUCACCGACGAGGGAGAAUUUAACAGCUACUUCUCUACUCUGGAUAUCCAGCUGCGCGGUUGCCUGGACCCAGAGACCUACGAACUCUUUCACAAGAAGCUAACGGAGCGCGUCCUCAUGCGGGAUCCAAAGUUUCAGUGGUGCACACAUUGCUCCUUCGGCUUCAUCUACGAGUCGGAGCAGCUGGAGGCCAAGUGUCCGCAGUGCCACAAGAGCUUCUGUGUCCAGUGCAAGCGCCAGUGGGAGCCACAACACCAGGGACUGACUUGUGAUGGGUUCCUGGAAUGGAAGCGAACAAAUGACCCAGAAUACCAGGCACAGGGUUUGGCCAUGUACCUGCAGGAGAACGGGAUUGCGUGUCCCAACUGCAAGUUCUCCUAUGCCUUGGCCCGCGGAGGCUGCAUGCACUUCCAGUGCUCCCAGUGCCGGCACCACUUCUGCAGCGGCUGUUACAGCGCCUUCCACGCCGUGAACAAAUGCCCCAUCCCUGAUUGUCCUAUACGGAGGUCCCUGCAUGGCCACCACCCCCGUGACUGCCUGUUCUACCUCCGCGACUGGGACGUCCCUCGCUUGCAGCGCCUCUUACAGGAUAAUGGCAUCGUGUUCAACACAGAUCCUCCGACGGGGACCCGGGCCACCCCUGGAGGUGGAUGUCGUGUUAUGGAGCAAAAGGAAACCAUGGCAGGGUUAAAGGAUGAACCUUGUGGAAGAGAGACCCAGGCUGGAUAUGCUGGCCUGUGCCAGGCACACUAUGCGGAGUAUCUGGUCAGCCUCAUCAACAGCCACUCCCUGGACCCAGCCGUCCUCUACACUCUGCAGGAAGUGGAGAAUGUCUGUCGCCGCAACACUCCUGCUGUGCUGCUGCCGCCUCGCGGGCCUGUUGAGGAUGAGGAAGCUUACCGCGGGUGCUUAGUCAAGAUUCUGAUGGAUCAGGUGCCUCUGGGCCCCAAAAUCCCACGCAAACGGAAGUAGCCGGCCCACCACCAGCACUGAGAGAAAGCAAGAGUAGCAGCUGCAAUCUGGCUCCUUGGUGAACGGAGGGUGUCCAUGGAAAGCUGAAUGGAAGCUGGCCUUGCAUCUUGUAGGAGAACCUCAUCUUAUGUGUGUGAAUAUUUCCAAAUGUCUUUUUUUGGAGUCUCCAAGGUGCCUUUCUUAAAGACCUUCCUUGCUGCUGUUAAGUGAUCAAAUUGACAGUCUCUUGUUACAGUCCCAGAUCCAACCUCUUACUGAUUUGCUCCCCUUCCUCUUCUACCUGCAUAACUCUCAAUAAACUGUUCCAUGAUUUAAAAUAACAA